AUGGCAAAGAGGACUCUCUUACUCGGCUUGCUAGCUAUCACUUGCACUCUGGCCAUUGCAAAUGACCCUGGUCCUUUGCAAGACUUCUGCGUUGCUGACACUAAUAGCUCAACAAGAGUUAAUGGCCUAGUCUGCUUGGACCCGAAAUCUGUACAAGCCAAUCAUUUUUACUUCAGCGGACUCCAUCUGCCGGGCAACACAUCGAACCCAGUUGGUUCCAAGGUGACCCUGGUGUCUGUGACUCAAGUUCCUGGACUUAAUACUCUUGGUAUUUCAAUAGCUCGUGUUGACUAUGCACGAUGUGGUCUCAACCCUCCUCACUUGCACCCUCGGGCCACCGAGAUUCUGACUGUUGUGGAGGGCACUCUCUUUGCUGGUUUCGUCACUUCAAAUCCUGAAAACAGGUUCAUCACAAAGGUGCUUUAUGAGGGCGACGUGUUUGUGUUUCCAGUAGGGCUUCCUCACUUCCAGAUAAAUGUAGGAAACGGUAGUGCAGUUGCAAUCGCUGCCUUGAGCAGCCAAAACCCUGGCGUUAUCACCAUUGCCAAUGCUGUCUUCGGAUCAAAUCCCUCCAUUGCUGAUGAUGUUCUUGCUAAGGCUUUCCAGAUUGACAAGACUGUGAUUGAUCAGCUUCUGGCAAACUUUUAG